AUGUCGGAAGCAUUCGUCCCACCACCUGUGUUCGGCGACGCUGCGAAGAUCACCAACCUAAGUAAUGAUGUCAUCGGAGGUCACUCUGGUGAUCCGCCCCCGCUGCACUAUGAUCGCCUGAGGGAUUCCGAUCAAUCGAACCAGGAUCUAGGGCAGCAGUUAGGAGAUAGAAACUCGAAUUCUGAUGUUGGACAUAAGCACGACGAUGGAGCUGCGAUGGACGUUGACACCAACAAUGAUGGAGCCAGCACAACUGUAGGUAGGGCCGGAAUACGAGGAUCCAUGUCGAACGAAACUCUUCCGGCGAAUAUGCUCGGACAUGAGGCGUAUAUGUCGUCUGAGGACCCAUCCGAGGGUCGCCAUGCCACAACUUUCAGCUCAGCGACGCAUGAGCCUCAAAUGCCUGAUCUCGUCACUGCUGUCCGCGGAAUGUAUCGUGUUCUUGAUCUUAUCAAUGAGCAAGGCAGCGGUGGUCUUGUCGACAAGAUCAUCAUCGCCCAAGACUCCCUAGGCCGGCUGAUGAACGACCUCCGCCCGGGUUCAUACACGAGCAUGACGAAAGUCGACUUCAAUGCACUCGACACUAUCUCUGUAAAGCCGACCGGGAUCUACGGCAGCAAGAACGAAAUCGUUCGUUUUCUAGAAACGCUGGGUUCCAUUGACAAGACAAUUGCUCACUCUCUCCGCACCGAGAACUCGCAGUCUAUCUCUGCUGCUCGCCCUCGAACCCCGACGACCCGGAAGUCCUCUAUGCGGUAUACUGGCCGGAAGACACCACCUGGGAUUACAAUGCGAUCUCGACUGUAA